CUUCGUCUGCAGCAAGAGUGGCCACGUCCUGGAGGUCGACUACAAGAACGUCUGCAUGAGGAGCGCGCGGCGGCUCCUGCCCGCGCGGCCCCGGGGCUGCCAAAGGACAAGGCGGGCAGCGGCGCAGGUGGGAGCAUCGGUGGGCCCUGGGAUCGCUAUAAACAGUAUCAGCCUCUCCUCAACCUUCUGCGCCACGGGUUCAGAAGACGGCUACCUGCGGCUGUGGCCACUGGACUUCUCAGCUGUCAUCGUAGAGGCAGAGCACGAGGCUCCGGUGAGUUCCGUCUGCAUCAGCCCAGACAGCCACAAAGUCUUGUGCACAACCACUGCUGGGAACCUGGGCUACCUGGAUAUCCAGUCCCGGGACUAUAACACCCUCAUGCGCUCUCACGAGGACUCGGUUUUGGCGUUCUCGGUGGAGGGGAUUUGGAAGCAGAUGGCAACAGUGUCUCAGGACAAUACCAUCCGCGUCUGGGACCUCGUCUCCAUGCAGCAGCUGUAUGACUUCACAGCUGCAGAGGAAACGCCGUGUGCUGUGGCCUUUCACCCCACCCAGCACAUCCUGGCCUGUGGAUUUGACAGUGGGACGGUGCGGACCUUCAGCUUGGCUGCCUCCGAUCUGCUGGUGGAGCACAAGCAGCACCGCACUGCAAUCACCGGACUGACCUUCUCUCCAGACGGCAACUUCAUGUUCAGCUCCUGUUUGCAGGGAACUCUGGCUCUUUACAGCUGUAUGGCGCAGAAAAGCCACGUCCUGAGAGUCCUGGGCAAUGUGGUGGCCCGGGAUGCUGGGAGCGAUCCGGGUGCUUUGGUGGUCAGCGGGGACAGCCGUCUCUUGGCCUUCGUGGGCCCCUCCAAGUACAUUGUGACCGUGAUGGAGGCCUGCUCGCUAGAUGAGCUGCUGAGGGUGGACAUCAGCAUCCUCGACUUGAACAGCACUGCCUUGGACACGGCAGUGAGAGUCUGCUUUGCUCCGGCGCCUCGAGGCGAGCUCCUGGUGUCCACUUCUUCCAAUAAAAUCCUUGUGCUUGACGCAAAAACGGGACGGCUGGUGCGAGAGGUGUCUCCCGUGCACAAGCUGUCCUGUUCUUCCUUAGCGCUGAGCGUGGAUGGCCGGUACCUGCUCACUGCUGGCGACAAAGUGAUCAAAGUGUGGGACUAUCAGAUGCGCUUCGAUAUCAACUUCCAGGUGUAUAUCGGCCACUCGGAGCCAGUGCGCCAGGUAGCCUUCACCCCAGACCAACGGCACGUCGUCAGCGUUGGAGAUGCCGUCUUCCUCUGGGAUUUCCUGGCCCUGCCUGCGGAGAGGUCACCCCUAGCUGGGGCUCGUUCCUCGGAGUCCGCUCUGCUGCCGGGAGCAGGUAUUUUCUCCGAGUCGGACAAAGAGGAGGAAGCAGGUCUGGCAGGCAGCAGCAGGAUGGUGGCGAAUGGAGACAAAGAUGACUCGGUCAUUGUGGUGGAGUCGGUCAGGAAUGAGGAGGUUAUUGUCGUGAGGCCCAAAGUGAGGCAGGAGAGCUCGAGGUCUUCUGGAGAAUCAGAAAAUGAACCCAGAAAGGAGACCAAAAGUCCCAAGUCCCAAUGCUCCGUACGCCCAGAUUCCUACCGGCAUUUCACUCCUCGCUUCAAGGCAUCGGUGCUCCCCCAGAGUUUCGUAUCUCCUCCAGCUGGCAGUGAGGUCUUGAAGCUGAAAGCGGUGAUUGGCUAUAACGGGAACGGCAGAGGGAAUAUGGUGUGGAACCCGGACACAGGCUUCUUCGCCUACACCUGUGGCUGCGUCAUCGUGGUUGAAGACCUGCACUCGGGAUCACAGAAUCACUGGCUUGGCCACGCGGAGGAGAUCUCUACGCUUGCCGUCAGCCACGACGCCCAGGUUCUUGCCUCUGCCUCAGGAAAGAGGAAUGGAGACUCCCAUUGUCAGAUCUGCAUCUGGAAUGUCCAGGAUGGGCUUUGCACAGCAAGUCUCUUCCAUCACAAGACACAAGUACAAGCCAUGGCAUUCUCUCGGGAUGAUAGAUUCCUUGUCACUCUCGGGGACUACAGCGAUCGGACCGUCGCUCUGUGGAACACCUACACGUACGAACUCCUGUCGUCGACUUGUCUCUCGGAGCCGGUCCAUGACGUGGCUUUUAGUCCUGUUUCUCACAGAGAACUGGCCUGCGUGGGGAAGGGAGCCCUGACGUUUUGGCUGUUGGAGGAGCAGGGAGCUGAUGUCAACCUCAAGGUUCAUCAGGCCCCUGCCCCGGAGGUGCUAGGGCCAGUGGAGCUGACCUCUCUCUGUUACGGUGCCAACGCUCUUCUUUAUAGUGGGACCAACUCAGGCCAGAUCUGCGUGUGGGACACCGAGACUAAUCGCUGCUUAAUGACGUGGGAGGCCGACGAGGGUGAGAUCGGUGUGCUGGUGUGUCGGCGCAACAGGCUGGUGAGCGGCAGCAACAACACCCCCCGGGGGGCAGUGGCCGCCGUGCAGGAGCUGAGGCUGAAAGGUCCCGACGCCAGGUCUAGCUCAGUCCUGCUAGAACAUGAGAUCGCCCUCGACGGGACGAUAGUCAGUGCGGCCUUUGAUGACUCUCUAGAAAUGGGAAUUGUGGGCACCACGGCAGGGACGCUGUGGUACAUCAACUGGCCGGAGAGCACAAGCAUCCGACUCAUCAGCGGCCACAAGAACAAGGUGACCGAAGUGAGCUUCAGUCCUGACGAGACUCACUGCGUAACGUGCGGGGAAGACGGCAGCGUGAGGGUUUGGUCUCUGGGCAGCAUGGAGCUGGUGGUACAGUUCCAGGUGCUCAACCAGAGCUGCCAGUGCCUGGCCUGGAAGCCUCGUCCCGUCGUCACGUGGGGAGCUGAGAGCCAGCAUGUAGUGGCAGGGUACAGCGAUGGCACCAUCCGUGUGUUCAGCAUUUCCAGGACAGAGAUGGAGCUGAAAAUGCAUCCCCAUGCCGUUGCACUGACAGCAAUUGCCUACUCCACAGACGGAGAAAUGAUCUUAUCGGGGGGCAAAGACGGGCUCGUGGCUGUCAGCAGCCCUCGCACUGGAAUGACUAUCCGUGUCCUCGCUGAGCACAAAGGCUCUCCCAUCACUGCUCUCCAGUGCAUCAGGAAGCAGUACCGCGACUUUGGGGUGGAAGGAGGUGAACUCUGGCUGGCCACCAGCUCGGACCGGCGAGUCAGCGUCUGGGCGUCCGACUGGCUGAAGGAUAAGUGUGAGCUCCUUGACUGGCUCAGCUUCCCGGCUCCUGCUGGCCCCGAGGAUCUCGGCAGCCUUCCGCCCAGCCUGGCUGCUUUCUGCCCUUGGGAACACGGUACCCUGGUCUACGUCGGCUUUGGGAUGCAGAAGGAAGCCUUGUUUUACAGCCUGUGUGAGAAACGGGUGGUCGAGAAGAUCUCCUUGCCGUACUUCGCCACAUCGCUCAGCCUGUCUCCUGCGGCGCGCUUCAUGGCUGUCGGCUUCGGCGAGCGGCUCCUGAGGCUGCUGCGCUGCCCGGCUGGUGCCACCCAG